AUGGCAGCGCAUCAUGCUUUAAAGUACUUAAGACAUGCAGCACCAGUUCAUCCCCAUGUUGAUAUGAAAUUUAAGUGGGGUUCAAAGAUUUUGGGUGCUACGAUGUGGUUUUACAUAUUUUACAGAAUAAAGGAAGAUGGCCCUGUGAUCUUCGGGCAGAAGUUACCAUUUGAACACCAUUAG